UUCAGUUAAAACAUUUCUGCAUAUCCCCAAUGAUCACUCCUCCCCCAACACUUUCUCAAACCCAAACCCUUCAAUCUCCACCAACAAAUAAAAACUUCAAAACUCAUGGAACCACAAUCACACCAAUACCCUAACACAAAUCCUAACCCUAACCACCUACGAUCGUACGGCAAUGAUCGCACAACCACCGCAACAACCGCGGAAAUGGACCGGCAACCGUCACACCACCACUCCGACACCGGCCGCACCGCCAGCGAACUUCCGGCACUCGAUUGCAACCUCACGUCACUCUGCGAUCAUAUUCAAUCGGAAGGUUUUAAUCACGGAUCGUUUUCGGAUGUAAUUGUUAAGGCUAUGGGCGCUACGUAUCAUCUUCACCGUUUGAUUCUCUCUCGCAGCUCGUAUUUUAGGAACAUGCUUCACGGACCUUGGAAAGAUGCAAAUGCACCAGUUUUGACCUUGCAUGUGGAUGACAACAAUGUUAACAAGGAGGCGAUUGCUAUAGCUUUAGCAUACCUUUAUGGAUAUCACCCUAAACUUGAUGACAGUAAUGCAUUUCGUGUUCUUGCUGCUGCAUCUUUUCUUGACCUUCAGGAUUUAUGUGCAAUUUGCACCGACUUCAUUAUAUCCGAACUCUGGACUACAAAUUUCCUAGAAUAUCAGGUGUUUGCAGAGGGCCAAGAUUACGGCAUACAUGGAGAACGUGUGAGAAAUGCUUGCUGGGGCUAUCUUUGUCAAAGUGGUGCCAUGGAAUUGAAAGAAGUGCUUCCAAAACUUUCCGUUCAAACAUUGCAUGCGUUACUGACCUCUGAUGAACUGUGGGUCCCUAGUGAAGAGAAAAGGUUUGAAUUGGCUUUGUACGUCCUCCUCACAAAAGGUGAAUUUAGUAAAACACAACCUUCAGUACAAGCUGAUUUUUCUAGAGCAAAUGCGAAGAGUUUGACCAGUGACAGUAAUAAUCAAAUAACAUCUGAUUUAGCACGCGUGAGUUUAAAAGAUGAAGAAGGUCGUGACACUGCUCAAAACAUUUUAGUCGAGCUUGCAGACCAAGUCGUAGAUUCCCAAACACAAGUACAAGAAUCUGUAUGCAAUCAGUCAAACAGUCAAUCUACUGCUGAACAAACCACACCCUCUCGUUGCGCAAGUGAGAAUAACUACUCUUCCUCUUAUCAAGACUUGCCAACUGGUGGUGAUAUGGCGGCAAUGGAAGGGCCAUCUGAAGAGGGUACUUGUUAUCAAUUGAAUAAUCACAGCUGGCUCGGUUCGGGUCAAAGAUCUGGUAAUGGUAUGGACUGUAGCGAUGAUAUGUCAAAUGAAUGGGGAAGAUGUGGCAUGCCCAUGUCAUGGGGCGGCAGAAUUGUCGGCAGACGAGAAAGAAAAACUUGCGCUAAAUGGAUUUGUGGGUUGAACGGUGAUGAAUAUGACACAUUUGUUAGUAUUUUUGAAGGUGGUUCUCUUUUGUAUUGUAACAUGACUUUUGAGGCACUUUUAACUGUGAGAAAGCAACUAGAAGAAUUGGGCUUCCCCUGCAAAUCUGUUAAUGACGGUCUUUGGCUACAGACACUAUUGAGCCAAAGGGUGCAUGAAAUUGGUGCAGACACCUGCAAAAGCUGCUGUCUUGUUAGUAUGGCAUGCCAAUGCAGGCCACAGUACGGAUUUGCACGCACAGGUUAUUACAUGCAAGAUCAAGAACCAAAUUCCGCAACUACUGGUAUAGGAGAUAUUUAUUUUACCGAUUCAUCUCAAGGUGAAGUAAAUGGACCAUUUCGCCCUGUACGUGUGCACGUUCGGGGACCUAUUGAUGGGUUGGCAGGUAUCGGACGUGGGUCCACUUACGUACCGGCAGCCGCAUGGCCUCCAACACGUUUCGUCUUCUCUCGGGUCCCGUUUCAUAUGGGAAAUAGAAACGGUCAGCAGUCUCUCGGUAAUGAUGAUUCUGAAAAUAGAGGUGAUCAUAAUGGGGAACAUGGUGGUAAUGGGUUGACUGCUUUGGUUGGGCUCAGUCAAGGAAGUAGUAACACAGAUGAAGGGGAUGUUAGUGGGAGAUUAGCUGGAUGUUCGGUUGCGGGCCCAAGUAGCAGCGGUGUACCGGUGCAGAUGAUGGAUUCUUCUGAAAAUGGUCUUGGAGUUGAAUGGGAUAAUGAAAGUAGUUCUAUUUCAUUGGAUAUUAAAACCCCUUUAAGUCACUUCCCUCCCUUCCGCUUUGCCGUGGAAUUUCAGGAAGUUCAUCGGCUUAAUGAUGGACAAGUUAAACACUCUCCAGAGUAUUUCUAUGGUGGUUCUAUGUGGAAGGUAAGUGUUCAGGCAUUUAGUGAUGAAGAUCCUCAAGGACGCCGAACUCUUGGAUUCUUUCUUCACAGAAGGAAGGCAGAGAUACCUGAAUCGCUUAGAAAGGCUCAUAUGUACGUAGAUUCUCGUGAGAAGGUUACUGCUCGUUAUCAGCUAAUUUGUCCAUCAAAAAGAGAAGUAAUGGUGUUUGGGAGCUUCAAACAACCAGGAACCCUGUUACCCAAAGCUCCAAAAGGAUGGGGUUGGCGUACUGCGCUGUUGUUCGAUGAGCUCGGGGAACUUUUACAAAAUGGAGCCUUGAGGAUUGCUGCUGUAGUGCAGCUUAUAUGAGUUAGAUAUUGUAUCAAUAUAUAUAUAAUCAUUGAUGAAAUAGCAUCUAGAGAUUCCAGUAUUGGUCAUACAUUACUGGUAAUAAGAAAUUAUUACAAGUAACUUGACAAAUUUUACCCCCUAGAUGCUGGAAAAUUGGCUUAAGAGUAAGUCGACUGUUUUGUACUGAAGUUGUUUACAUUUUGAAGUAUGUAUAGUUGCACUUGUGUUUAGAAUCAGAUGUUAUUUAAUCCAUAUCACAGGUUGGAUUAA